AUGACCACUGACUUGAAGGAAAGCUUCGAUACUCAUUAUGCCGCCAUCAUCCAUCUGUUGACAUUUGAGAAGCUCGAAAUCCCGCACACAUCUCCUCACGGGGGAUAUAAGGAUGCCGGGGCGAUCAAGAGAUCAACGACGAACAUGAGGAUCAGGUCAGGCUCCUCAAUCGACUGGUUGCUGAUUUCCUUCAUUGGAGAGAUUGAAAGAGAGUCCUCAGCUCGUGAUUAUCCAAAUUAUGAGAAGAUGAUGUGGGUGCAAGAAUUGGGAGUCAUCUUGGAUGGUGAUAUCUAUUCCUCGGAAGAAGAGCAGAGUUAA